CACGUCAUAAGUAAGAUAAGAGACCAUGCUAUCCUCUGCAUUUUUCCACGCUGCAAUACAUACGUGUGUGAUGUUAAGCCACGCCAAGACAUUUUUCAGUUUUCACUCUCAACUCAAGUCCCACUGCAAACAUGGGUUCUUCUAGUACUAUUGAAGCCAAGUUCAAAUUCAAUUGUGAUAAUAGCCUACAAGAACGCAAAGCAUUUGAUGAAACAAAAGCUGGUGUUAAAGGCCUUGUUGAUCAAGGUAUUCUCAAAAUCCCAACCUUAUUUCAUCAUCCACCGAAUAACUUUUCAAAGGCCACAAAUUCAACCAACACAAAACAUACUAUUCCUGUUAUAGAUUUUUCAAAUACAAGGCAAGAAAUUAUAAGCAAAGUAAGGGAAGCUUCUGAGACAUGGGGUUUCUUUCAAGUUGUUAAUCAUGCUAUUCCUUUGAAUGUUCUUGAGGAUAUGAAAGAUGGGGGGCUUAGAUUCUUUGAACAAGACACUGAAGUGAAAAAAGAGAUGUAUACUAGAGUUAGAACAGGUCCAUUCAUUUAUAAUAGUAAUUUUGAUUUGUAUAAUUCACCAGCACUUAGUUGGAGGGAUACUUUUGCAUGUCACUUUGCUCCAAAUGCUCCUCCAAAACCAGAAGAAUUACCAGUUGUGUGCAGGGAUAUACUUCUAGAUUAUGGAGAACAUGUAGUGAAACUUGGAAUGACACUCUUUGAAUUACUAUCAGAAGCUCUUGGAUUUAAUCCAAACCAUUUAAAAGACAUGGAUUGUUCUAAGGCGAUUAUGUUACUUAGCAACUACUAUCCUGCUUGUCCUGAACCAGAAUUAACUAUGGGACUCACCAAACACUCGGAUAGUAGUUUUAUCACAUUGCUUUUACAAGAUCAUAUUGGCGGUCUUCAAAUUCUUCAUCAGGACAAUUGGAUUGAUGUACGACCAAUACCCGGGGCUAUUGUUGUUAAUAUUGGUGAUGUUAUGCAGCUUGUAACAAAUGACAGGUUCAAGAGUGUUGAACAUAGAGUAUUGUCCAAUACCAUUGGUCCCAGAAUAUCUGUUGCAUGCUUUUUCAGGGGACAAGAAAAGUUGUAUGGACCUAUAAAAGAAUUAUUAUCAGAAGACAAUCCUCCCAGAUACAGAGAAACCACUUUUUCUGAUUAUUUAGCUCACUUCUAUGCAAAAGGGCUUGAUGGCAUAUCUGCUAUUGAAUAUUUCAAGCUUUGAGUUGGAUAAUGUGGAUUGAGAUGGUAACAUAUCUAAUGUGUAAUUUUCUCUCUAAAACAAGAAAUGAAAUAUCUUACUGCUAAUGUUAUGCAUCA